AUAAUAUUUCCCUAAACAGUUUGCUGAUUAAGCCAAUCAGUACAUUUCCCGGGCAGUAAGGUGACUUAUUGAUUGUAGUCAGACCUUCAUUCUGCGCCUGAAUGUGAAAAGUCAUAUUUAUUUGCUUAAGGUUAAUUAACCGCCAUUCUCUCUGCCAGAAGACCAGUAGAUCAAUCAAUCAAUCAACAAAACCGUUUAUAUGCAUCAAGUCCAGUCUUUUGUUUUGUUUCAAUAAUUAUUUUCUGUAUUGUCUAGCCUCUGUUAGGUCUGAUUCUACUCCUGAAACAUCUCCAGAGUUUGGCAGCCGUCGCGUGACAAAGCGCCGCAUUCAUAGGUCAUCUGCUCCGGGACAGCUUUCAGGGAGCACUCAGCUAACAAGUCCGUUCAGUAACACCCCAGUGACAGGCUCAAAUAGUGAACCAAUAGAGCUGGAACAUCAAGCAGAGAUAUUCAGAUCUGUUAGCAUGGACUCUGAGCCCUCAGUAAAUCAGGACACAGACCUUGAGAUUGAGGGAGUAGGGGUGGAGUUAGAUAAUAUUGACCCAGGUAUGGUGGAGAGCAUGGAAGUUGAGGAAGAAGAGGAUGUCAAUGGAGAUGUGAUACGGUGUUUGUGUAAUGAGACUGAAGAAGGAGGAUUUAUGAUUCAGGUGAGAGACAGCAAUGACCUAGUUCUUAAAGCACAAAAUAACUGUCUUGAGCUAAAUUUUGUGACGUAAACUGCCCUCUAGAAACAAGAAUGUCAUUAACUACAGUUUUCCAAAAAAAAGAUUCAUCUUAAAAGUCAACCUUGGGAAUUUUUUAUUUAGUACCCUGUGGUGCAUAAUGAACAGGAAACGUACACUUAUAAUUUCAUCAAUCCAUGUCAGUAUUUCAUUUAAUUUACUUUUUCUGUAGUGUGAACAGUGUCUAACAUGGCAGCACAGUGAAUGUGUUGGACUCAGUGAACUUACCGUUCCACCAAACUACCUUUGUUAUGUUUGCACCAAUCCAAGAGGUAAGCAAACUUCCAUUUACAAUCUUCCUUCUCGUUUCUUACAAAAAACUAGAUUUCCGGUAAAUCAAAAUACAUGUCCUCAAGAGAAAUUCUUUUUAACCUAGUUAUUAUUACCUGAUAAAUGUAUUCAAAAAUACCAUUAAUAUGAGAAGUUAAAAUUUAAAGUUAAAAAUUCAGGAUCUUCCAGACAGUAUUUUUGAGUACUGUUAUUCUACCUUUAUCAGCUUGAUUGGGCACAGAUAUGUCCGUUGGUACCAAUGGAGCUUAAUAGGUUUCAUGCAAGCUAGGUACCCUCCCCUCCCCUCACACAACCAAAGACAGCUACCCACUAGUGGUGGUCACUGCAAGAGAUUGUAAGAAAGCAGAGUAACAACCGUCUGCGUGAUCAGCUCGUGAACACGUCGUGUGUUACUUGUGCACUUUCCUUCGAUCUCAAUCUGUAAUUUCCGUUUGCGUUCAUAAUGAUUCUUUAAAUUUAGUCGUUUUUUUUUUGCAGCUUAAUGUUUUUGUUGGUAGACAGUGUUUUGAAUCAGGAACAUUUGAUUUUAUUGUUGCAGGUCUACGAAGAAGUGCUAAAUACAAGGUAACUUUAGUGUCCUGUGAUCCACUGGCGCCUUAACCCUUUAAACCCUAAGAUCAAAAUUGAGAUUCUCAUUUACUGUCCCUAUACUUUUUCUAUAGAAAUAGUGGGAAGAAUUUGUUGAAGCAUCAACUAGAUUCAUCUUCCCUGAUCAUAUACUCAAUUCUCACAUAGUUAUUAGAGGAGACUGGUUAUGAAAAGUGGCAAACAUCAAUGAUAAAAACAACAGUGCUGCAGUUUAUGUUCAAAGCACCGUGAAAGUGCACAAUCCUUUGUUUUCUGUUGGCAAAUUGUUACGGAAUAAAUUAAUGCAACGUUUUUAUUGGUCAAUACAAUCAAAAUGAUAGAAAUUCUUUUGAACGUUGUGCACUUUCAGGUCCACAAAAACAUAUAACAAAGAAGUCUGACGGGUUUCAUAACCAUUCCACUCAAUUAACUAUGAUUCUCAUGACCACUCUGUUUUUCUAAAGCAUUGAUAUUAUAAGGAGAAAUUUGAUGUCGAUCACUCUUAGGGCUUAAAGGGUUAAACAUGCAGAAACAUCACCACCACCACUAUCAUCAUCAUUAUCAUCAUCCUCAUCCUCAUCAUCCUCCUCCUACACUGUAACUGGAAAUCUGAAUAAAUUAUAAUGGGUGCUUAACAGGCGAUUUUGGUAAAAGGAAAGGAUUCCCGUAAACACUGGAAUUAAGCUCUUGUGAUAGACCUCUUUAGCCUGGUUUUAUUUGUUUCCCAUGCGGAACAGGUGGUCAUAUUCUAGACAACGCUUUCUUUCAAAUUUGGUCGUCCUCAUUAUUUAUAUGGACGCAUAAUUUAUGAAAAGAUGGAGGAAAAAAUCCCUUGAGAACAUCUCAUAUAACCUGACGUGAAAAGGACAAAUUGACGGUGUCAAAUCUCCCAUGUACUUGUAUCUUGCAGAAUGAUUUUGACUGGUUUAGACGUGGAACGCUGGCUUGCAUGCCUUUUGUAUCUAUUGAAGAACCUGAGUACAACUCAGAGCUGAAUCUAGCCACACAUGGAUUGAUGGGUGAUCUUCAUGAUGUCAACAACUGCCUCAGAAGCCUAAAGCUUAAAUUUGAACUGCUCAGGUAAGAUUUCUACCAUGCUGAAUGUUGCCACCAUCAGGGAUCUGUCAUGGGAAAGAAGGGUUUUAAAAAUCAACAAAAUCGUAGCUCUCUCUGUCAUUGCGCAUGAGCACAUAUAGCCAUUCUAGUCGUGAACCCAGUUUAGUAGCCUUAGCUCCUAUGAGUCUCUUGUAGCUUAGUUGUAGAGCAUAAGUCAUAGGUUCAACUCUCAUUAGGAAUAUUCGGAUUUUUCUUCCAAACCGCCAUGAUUUUAAUAUUGUUGUCCUUUCUGUGAACAGUUGAUAAGCACUGAAAUUCCUUAGAAUCCCACCAUGCAGCAGGAUGCAAGGGGCAAGGCACUUGGAUCGUAUGGGUUGAUACGUCUCGUAAUUAGGAAAAUAAUUCCCAGUUGAUCGCGCUAGAUUUAGAAUUAUUUAUGAAAACGGCUAGAGCUUCGUGAUUUCAAAUGUUUUUGGGGCGUCCCCUAGUGCCCACGAGCAGCUCGCGUCUUCAGCGGUCGUAGAUCUUACCUCGUUUAUGCCAAAAGUCUGGAUUCGGACCUUUUCCUAAGGAAAGUGUUGGCGGCAUACAAAUGAUAGUGACUUUAUUAUUAACUGCUGUAAAGGGGAUCCCAUAACUGCAAGUUAUGCUUCGUUCUCACAGUACAGGGCGAAUUUUCGACUGGCUGAAAAAUUGACGACGCCGGUUGAAUUUUGACCUUUUUCAGCGGUUUUACUAUCUGUCCAUGCGCAAAGCGCUACUUGAGCAAAUCCAGAGUGUCGUCUGAGUCACAAAGCAUUCUAGCAACCACGCCUUUUAGACGGUCAGGUGUUCACACCACGCCGGUCAAAUUUUUACCCCACCGGAUAAAAAUUUGAUCGGGAUUUUUUUUUGCUCGACUAGGAGUGUAAAUUUCGUGCGCCUAUCGUGGUUCUUUGUGAACGAAACACCUUAGACGCUCGAAUUUUCAACUGAUCGAAAAUUCGUUUGAUACCGAGCCUUGUUCUACUUUUGAUGAUAGAUUUUGUCCAAUUUGAACUUUUUUCUAACCAGUUUGUUUGUACUUACAGAAACCCAUCCCACCCAGAUUUGAAAUGCUGGAAGGAGUCGCGGAGAACCAAUAGUUUAACGAGCACGAGUACGACAGUUGAAUCUUCAGUCCUGCCUGCUGUAGAGGAAAAUAAAACAGUUGAAGAUACUUUGCCCACAAAGAAAGGGGAAUGUGACAAAGUAAUGAAGAGUGAAGGACACGCUGUCGUAAAUGGACAUGCAGAACUAGGUAAUGCUGCUCAGAAUGGGCUUUUAAGAGUAAAGCAAGAAAGACCCUCAACACCUCUUCCUUCUCUAGACGGCCCUGGAGACUCUAAUAACAAUAUACAGGGCAGGAAGGCUCCUGCAUCGACAAAUACCUUAUCGACAGUAGCUGAUACUUCGAGUAGGACUCAUAGCUCACUACUUACAAGCACAGAUUCAGGGGUUGAGCUAAGUGAAGGGAGUACGGUUAAAAAAGAGGAGGAACCAUUAUCUCCCAUUCCUGCGUUAGUCCCUGUUGGUGGACCAACACCCUGUGCAAAAAGCCAGCCUGAGCAGGUGAAACCUGAAACAGUGUUAAACUUGACGCCAGACAAUUCACAGUCUUCAGUUAAAUCUGAGGGGCAGAGAGAAGGGGCUGAAAAGUCCGCGGAACUUAAAUCCUCAGUCGCAUCCACUGGGACAGUGUCUAUGGAAUCUAAUCCACAACCAGGAUCCGAGACUCAGAUUAAGCAAGAGAAUGAGCUGAGGAUUUCAUCACAAAGUAAAAUACCUGCAGAAAGUAACAUUACAGACGAUACCCAGGGGGAAUCUGUGCAAAGUUUGUCAGAUGAUGAUGGCAUUGGAGCCAUGGAUAACUUGCUGGGUGAUGUUAAUCAAAUACAUGAUGAUCUUGAAGAGCGUAUGGAUCAGAUUGAACAGCAGUUAGCAGGUGAGACACGUUGUGGAAUUAUUCAAUUAUAUGGCCUCUUAUUGGUCCAUAUUACUCAUCUGAACCAAGUCCUGUAAUCGGAUUGGUGACGUUAUCGCGAACUUAACAUUUGAUGAACAACAUUAAUAGUCAUCAUCAUCAUCAUCAUUAAUAAUUCAAUUCAAUUCUUUAUUCACACUAUACAAGAUAUUUACAUAAGUGUACAUGGUAGGAAAAUAAAGUAGCUACAAAUAAAAAAUUGAAUUGAAUUAUUAAUAUUCAGUUGGCUUUGUCGAACCCUAGGGGCGCGAAAAGUUUCCUUUUUAAUUGUUUAGGAAAGUCCUAAACCAAUGGGAAAUUGGUGAAUUGCUCUCACGCAUUUUCCAUCACCUACCUCUGCUGUGAUUGGUCAAGGAUAUUACUAUGGUUAUGAUCUAGCCUCACCCCUACUUGGUAUUUGCUACUGUUUGUUUCUCCGCGAUUUUCAAAAUAAAAUUAGCGAUAUUCCCUGUUUCUGGAUUCUAAAUUUUAUUUCUAUUCACAGUUCUUGAGGAGGCGUACGGAGGCACUCCAUCCCAGCUUACGAAGAAAACUGACCUUAGAAAGCUCGUUAAGGAUUUGGGUCGAGUGAGGAGGAUACUGCAGCAAGUGAGCUGAGAACUGAGGAGAUGCUUUCCAACAGAGAAAGCACUGUUAACAAGUCAACCACAAACGCCUUAUUUUUCAAAGUGGAAGUUAUAUACAGAUCCUUUUCUGCUUUUGCAAUCUGUCAUGUCGAAAUCGAUGUUAUUUCACGCGAGUAGGACGUACAGGAGUCAGAGAAAACGGCGACUUGACAAUUAAGGGCCGUUGCUAAAAUGUGUUUGUUAUCGUUGUAUACCCGCAGCCUUAUCCUAUUGUAUAAACCUUAUUAACAUUGAAGAACAUUUGUGUAAAUAAGAGAAAGAUGUUGAAUAAACAGGUAAACCAUAUGU